UUGAAUCAUUAAGACCUGAGCGUAAUACGAAAAAUCAUUUUGUAUGGGAUUUUCUCUAUACACUAAUACAUAAUGAUUCCGAAACUGUAUUUAUCAAAGCAUGUGACCAUUAUUGGAUCAAAAAUAUAGAUUUAAAUAUUCCAAUUACUCAACUUACUUUACCAUCGAAGUUUUAUAUUUGGAUUCUGACAAAAUUCAGCGUGAAUGCGAAAAUCACGAAACUUUGUUUUGAAGACAUAUUAAAAACACGAAUUAAUGUCGAUAAACAACUCCAGCAGACCCCCAACAUUAAAAUCCCAAUUGAAAUGAAUCCAAUCGUAUUCUAUGAACUUUGUGGUGCUUUAAGAACAUAUAAUGAAGCCAAAAACUUUUAUUUGCCAUUACAUUUGAAUAUAAUCUCUCAAUGCGAGGCCGCAGAAAUUCUG